CUUAAGUAGAAACAAAAGAACCUACCGGCCAGCCACUUUACUUUUCUCUCAAUUCUUCACCGCAAAGACUCACCCUUAGAAAGAAGGAUUCAGAAAGAAGAAAAAGAUUAGGCAGAAAAGGAUCUUUACUUUACUACUUAUUCACCAUAAUCAACAGAUUUGGAGUUUUAAGAAGAGGAGACGAUGAUGACCUCCUCAAACAAGCUAUUUUUGAGAGCAAUAAGCAAGAGAAGAACAUGGGUCUGUCUCUUUCUUGUGGUCUACGCGACCCUCUUGUCUUCUUCAUGGAACUGGCUGAAUUCAAUCGUGGACUGGUACGGAGAGAACCACAAGACAUCAUCAUCUGGUUGGCCUGCGGUUUACGCUUCGGUGCUUCUUGGAGCGGUGUUCGGAGUUCUGUCGAUGGCGGCGGCGCUGUUCAUAGCCGUGCCGGCCGUUGUUGUGAUAUGGAUAUCAGUGGUGGUGGCGAUGGCGUUUGCAGGGAAAUCGAGGAGGAGCGUGGUGGUCGAAGGAGGGAAAGUGACGAAAGAGAUAGCUGGGUUUGUGUUUAAAGUUCUUUUUAAAGAAGGAAACUUUGUGGCUCUUCUCUGUGCUCUCCUUUCUUACUUCAUCUUCUUCAACACUUAGUUCUUACUCCUCUCGAUUCAACUUAGCCGAAUUGUCAUAGAAACACUUUACAGCUAUUUAUGAAAAUAUCUUCAGAUUAAUAAUAUUCAUUAAUUUAUCAAGAUUUUGGUUCUUCAAAAUCGAUGUUCUUUGUUGGAUCAGAUGGAUGUAUUUUCUUCU